GACUUCUUCGCGCUCAUCGUCAGAUUCGGAUUCGCACCCCUCCGUGAGCGAAAAUAAUAUUGCACAGCCACGUAGGUCGUCCUUCUACUUUAUCCCCCACGUUCAGUGCGGGUGUAACUGGGGACAAUGGUGUUGAGACAUGCAUCAGGCGAUGAGAAGCACCCCACGGUGUUGCGCCGAAUAACGGGGUCCUUCAAAUCCACUCCAGAGCCUCCAGACGUCGUCGAGACCAAGACCAGGAAAUUGGAAAACACUCCUAAUGGCUUUCCCCGUCUUGCGGCCUUCCAGUCCAGCGAGGCAAACUUCUCCCUCUAUCGCUCGUUCAACUAUCUGCAUUCGCGCAUCCUGCUGGACCUCCAGGAUGAAAUCACUGCGCUUGAGAAGGAGCUGGAUGACAUUGACUGGGAUGACUUUGACGAAGAUCCGGACCGCCUGCGCUCCAGGGAAAUCGAUGUGGCCAAGGCCGCGAGCGAAGGUGAUGCCCGUAACAGGCGUGUGAUAUUGGAAGAGAUCAGGACGAAACUCCUGCAAUACGACGAAGUGCUCAUCAAAGCCCGUACCCUCGAGUCCUUCCAGAAGCCAUCCGACCGCAAUUAUCGUUCAGUGAGACGUUAUCACCACAACACCAAACCCCUCAUGGACGCUGAAAUGGACUCGAUCCGAAGUAAAGAGGACAUUGUCUCUCUUCGCAACGGCCGCGAAUGGGCAUCUUUCGACGGCGGGGUCGAGACCAUGAUCGGCCAGCUUGACCAUUUCCUCCAAAAACUAUUCGGUUGCCGCGAGCCCCCGCUGCAAAAGUACUUCCGCACUCCAGAGUUACGCGCAAAGACGACUAAUGCGUAUAUCUCCCUGUACAGCUCCAGUAGAAUCGACAAGCUGAUCAAUAUCAUGAUCACGCUGGUAAUCUUCGUCCUUCUGGUCAUCCCAGUCAUCACCAUGUAUCUGCUCACUUCGGAGUCAAUAAGCCAGCCCAGCGACGGAAAUGCGGCUUUGAAUGGGACCGUCUCGGCACACAGCAAUGGUGUCAAUAGCCGUACCACCUUCAAUGCUGUAGGGGUAUUGAUCGUCUUCACAUUGCUCUUCUCCGCCGCCAUGAGUCUCGUUACCAAGGCUGCGAGACAUGAAUUAUUCGCUGCGUCUGCCGCGUAUUGUGCGAUCCUGGUCGUAUUCAUCGGCAACCUGGUGGUACCGGCGUAGGCUAUGCUGUCAUUCGCCAUUCCAGACCGUUCUUGGUAGAUAUUCCUUUGUAAUACCCUAAUUCUAUAAGCGACGACUGAUGAUACACGUCGGAUGUGAAAGUCUUCCC